GUAGAAAAAAAGUCGUGUCAACGCGACAAUGAUCCUCAUCAUCUCACAAAACACACUCGUCUUUCUCUUCUUCCUAAGAUCCCUUCUCACUUCUAUAGUUCUAUUCUCUUCUCUUUCUCCACCUCUUCACCUCUUCUCUCCCCUGUCUUCUUCUUAAUUAGCCUCUCUCAUUGCGUGCACCACCCCAAAAAAAAUAUACAUAUACAUAUAUACAUAAAAAAAACAACCCCCCCCCCCCCCCCCUCUACGUGGCCACACUCGCUCACAACACAACACACCCUCUUAAUUAAAUCUCUAUAUAAAACCCCUUCAGGGUCUCUCCACUAUGACGGGCAGGGAAAUUUUUCAUAAGAUGAAGGAAAAAGUUUUGGGCUCAUCUGAUCCUGAUUCUGGUAAAGGAAAGAGCAAGAUGAAGAAGAACAUAACUCAUGGCUUUCACUUGGUAAAGGGGAGAUCAGGUCAUGCCAUGGAAGACUAUCUUGUUGCUCAAUUCAAGCAAGUUGACGACAAUGAAUUGGGUUUAUUUGCAAUAUUUGAUGGCCACUCAGGUCACAGUGUACCUGAUUACUUGAAGUCUCAUUUGUUUGAUAAUAUCUUGAAAGAGCCUAACUUCUGGACAGAACCUGCUGAGGCUGUUAAGAGAGCAUAUGGUAUAACUGAUUCUACUAUUUUAGACAAAUCAGGUGAAUUGGGUAGAGGGGGUUCAACUGCGGUUACUGCAAUAUUGAUCAACUGUCAGGAGCUGCUAGUGGCCAAUAUUGGGGAUUCCCGGGCUGUCUUAUGCAAGAAUGGCGUGGCCAAACAACUAUCAGUGGAUCAUGAACCAAGCAUAGAAAGUGAAGAUAUAAGAAACAGAGGUGGUUUUGUGUCAAACUUCCCAGGGGAUGUUCCACGUGUCGAUGGUCAGUUGGCGGUGUCAAGGGCAUUUGGUGACAAAAGCCUGAAGAUACAUUUGAGCUCAGAACCAUAUGUAACUUUGGAGAUGAUAGAAGAUGAUGCAGAGUUUCUUAUACUAGCCAGUGAUGGGUUAUGGAAGGUAAUGUCAAAUCAAGAAGCAGUUAGUGCUAUCAAAGAUGUUAAGGAUGCCAGGUCCGCAGCUAAGGUGCUUACCGAAGAAGCAAAGAUCAGGAAAAGUUCUGAUGAUAUCUCUUGCGUUGUUGUGAAAUUUCAGUGAUCACUGAACUCACAUAGUAGAUUUUUAUCUUCGAACUUGAAAAUGUAACAUAUACUUUAGUGUAUAUGGAUUAAUGUUGAUUCCCUUUAGGUGUUAUUAUGUUGUGGCAUUCUGUUUGUGAUAUUUUAUCUGCUUUCAUACAAAUCAACUGUCUGAGAACGUGUUGUUUGAUGUAACAGUGUAAAAAAGGAUUUAGUUUUAGAUUGUGUAGACCAAAAUAAUUCGUACGAAUGCAAGAAAGUUUGGUCAAUCUUUAUCA